UGUGGCCUGGCUUAUAUGUAUAGAUACUACACAUUCCGCACAGAUCUUCUAGCCACUUCACGUUCGACUGGUUGAAAUGUGAUCUCAGCCCGAAAAAAGUGUACCAGUAUGUCACGACGAAAGCAUGAGGGAGCAAGGGUAUUCUGACCUGAUUGAAGUCCCGACAGAUGGACACCCAGCCCAGAAAGUCUGUCCUCCGUCACAAUGAAGAUAGGGUCCUUCAGACGGUUUACAUGCAUCAUCUUCCUCUUGUGCAGUCACAGCAUUCUGCUGUUGUUUAUACACAGGAAUGUGACGAGUGACAAAUGUAUCAGACAAUGUAAGAGAAGAGUCGCAUUCCGUAACCUCAUGCAACACAACGGACAAACAUCACCUGUUAUGCAACAUGGCCAACCAACGGAAACUGACAGGGGUCAAGGUGAUGACUACCACACCACGCCCUUUCUUGGCUUCAACCUGACGGAAAUCAAGAAGUUCAGAGAGGCAGUUGAAAAGAGAACGAAGCUGCGGCAAUACCUGUUCGUCACCAAGAACAAUACUAAGCUCGGGGAGAAGUUCCGAUGUCUAGAGACGGACGAGUGGGUUCUGGACCCUGGCUACAUCAGGAUCACCGAGAAGAACUUCUACAACAAACUACCACAGGAAUCCCCUGUGAGAGCCAAUAUGUCCUUCAGAUCAUGCAGUGUUGUCGGUAACGCCGGCCUGCUACAGAACUCCUCCUGUGGGAGGGAGAUAGACUCGUCCACUUUUGUUUUCAGGAGUAACUUUCCACCAAUCGGUGGUCCUUAUAACGAUGACGUGGGGAAAAAGACCAAUUUUCUUACUGCCAACCCUUCCAUCUUUGCUAAGUUCUAUAAAAACCUGAAGAAGAACGCCGACAAGAAGUCUCUGGCCGAAGAUCUCAAGCGAUACGUUCGGUCGUUGGUUUGGACGCAUCCAUUCCAUUUGAAAAGAUAUUCAGAGGUAACCCUGCGGGCAUAUGACGCGACGAAAAGGUACAAGUCCUUGAAUCCGGUCCUUUUCUCCCAUCCCAAGUUCCUGCGGAAUCUUACUGCGUUCUGGAAUGAGCACGGUCUGAAGGCACUGAGGGCCAGCACAGGUCUGGCUCUCGCGACCAUUGCAGCUUCUCUGUGCGAUCAGGUGACCCUGUACGGUUUCUGGCCUUUCCCUUUGUACCGCGGGAGGGCGCUGUCCUACCACUACUACGAAAGAGCUGUGAUCGGAGACGUGGAGUUCCGGAAUAAAACGCUAGAGUACCACCUGUUAACGAACUUUCACCCCUACCACAACUUCACGGAGGAGUUUUUGAUAUUACAGAAAAUGCAGGGUAAGGGUAUACUCAAGGUGCAGGUCGGGGAGUGCCAGAACACACGGACAGGAAAGUAAAAUUCUCGAUCACAGAGAUUCACUUCCUUGGGUUGGAUCUGAUCAUUCAGACUCUGAUUCAUUGAGACCGAAUCGAUGGUCCAAAGUGUCCAUAAACUUGGCAGUGCAGAGCAACAAAUGGCCUCUGGACAGGAAAACGCCAAGCUAGCUAGCCCUUCCCCUUCAACACGUUUGAGGUACCUCAUCGAACACGGGACCCCAUUUUACGUCUCUUCCAAAAGACGGAUGCGUAUCCAGUUGGCAACUACUAGUAAAUGAUUAAAACCAUGAGCUCAACUGUGAGACUGCUACCAGUUGAGCUACAGGGACAUCCCUAGACAAUGCAAUAGCAUACGCAAAAUGCGAUAGUCGGAUGGGACAAUUGGACGACUCUACAAGGAACAAAACGCCGUUUCCAUAACAGAGAUGUGUAUAUCUGGAAUAUGGAACGUGUUUUAUACUCCUCCACUAAACGAUUAUAGAUGAUAGUACUCUGUAUUGCCAUCAGCAUAUGCAAUAUGAAAGUGUGUUUUCGAAUAUGUUCCCAAGACGAUAGACGAUUUUACAUUUGUAAGAGAUGUCAACGCAAGGGCAAUGUAAUUGUUUAUAUUCAACUAUCAACUACACGGUUACAGGGUAAUUCAGUACACACAACAUGUGCCCUGCAACUGAAUGUUAUGCCAAUGAAUCAGGUGUUCCGCGAUACGGGCGGUUGGCUGUGAAACAAACUGUUUGUUUGUUCCUUUGGCAUACCCACCCGUUAAACCGCCUAAUGGCAUGAAAAGCUGCAUGUCGAUACAGAUUUAUUAGGUCCACCCACGUCGGGAUGGACCUCUACUCUCAUCGACUAGCGUGGUGAGUCAGUCUUUAUUAUAAUUCAGGCGUGUGGGUCUUGUGAAACCUCCAUUUAACGUCCUAUCCAAGAGACAUCCCUAGCCCAAGUUAGGUACUCAUUUACUGUACACCUGAGUCGAGAGAGGAAAUUGAUGAAAAGCCCCUUUCCAAAGGGCACAAUUUCGAGGCUUGUCAGUCAGUGAUUCCGACUCGGUACCUCCAGGUUAUGAGUCAACAACCCUAACCACAAGAUCAACGUACCAUAGUCAGGAAUAAACCGGUCCAGAACGAGAAAACGACCUGCAGUCUGUCGGGUCGAUACCUCUAGCUCCCCCGCACAUGACGUGACACCGCUGACAGACGACGCCGAGUUGUUGACGACGGCCCAUCUGGCGGGAAAUUGCUCCAACUCAUCGCGUCGAUCGGGACUGAAGUGGCGAAGGCCCCGGUCGAUGCCUGACAAAUCUGCGUUCUCAAUUUCCUCUCGCCGAACGUCGCUUUCCAGCUAAGCUAGGUAAAGACGCUCCGUAGGCCCGAGAGGUCGGUUUGACGGGAAAACGGAUGGUGCGGGUUUGGCGCUAAUGCAGGGGUGCGGCCAUAUAUCAUCACCGUGGGGCGUUUGUCACUGUCCCCAUCGAUCUGUACAAGUCAAACUUCCCUGUUGUGGACAUCGACAGUACCUGCUACUAUACCAAACACGAUUCUCAGCCAAAUACAUACGAACUAACCCAAAAGUACAAAACUAUUGAUAUAGGCUGGAAGUUUUAAGUGCAACAUGUUGAUUAGAUGAAUGUGAACAGUGGCUUGACAACUGUCAGUACAACCGCCUAACAAAAGUACGGAGUAACUUCUGUUAAGUAGUGCUGAUCCGAGGAGUUGUCUUCUUGUGAUCUUUUUAGAAAACCUGAAGCUUUAUUUUCUGUAUAGCUAAUGAUAUCUCUGUAUGAUGUCCUUGGUAUAGCUAUAUAACGUUAGCAGAGCAGUUGGAGUGUAUGUGUUACGUGAAAAAAUAAUAUCUAUUAUGUGAAAAACAAGAUAUUUGUAUACUUGCAUGCAAGUAUUCGUAUGCUACAAGCAGCAUGCUGCGAGGCUUGUUGUGUUGUUGUUUUCUUACUGAACAUGUUAUUGUAAGUAAAAUCGUUUGAAAACAA